UUGCUACGGAGAGUGGAGGGCCCGGCUGUCGCGAUGCCUCUCAACGUCAGCUUCGCCAACAAGAACUAUGACCUGGACUACGACUCGGUGCAGCCCUACUUCUUCGACGAGGAAGAGAACUUCUACCAGCAGCAGCAGCAGAGCGAGCUGCAGCCGCCGGCGCCCAGCGAGGAUAUCUGGAAGAAAUUCGAGCUACUGCCCACCCCGCCGCUGUCCCCCAGCCGCCGCUCGGGGCUCUGCUCGCCCUCUUACAACCUGGCCUUCACCUCCCUCACCCCUGGCGGCGACGACGGCGGCGGUGGCAGCUUCUCCACCGCCGACCAAUUGGAGAUGGUCACCGAGCUGCUGGGGGGAGACAUGGUGAACCAGAGCUUCAUCUGCGACCCGGACGACGAAACCUUCGUCAAGAACAUCAUCAUCCAGGACUGCAUGUGGAGCGGCUUCUCAGCCGCCGCCAAGCUGGUGUCGGAGAAGCUGGCGUCCUACCAGGCUGCGCGCAAAGACAGUGACAUCCCUUGCCCCGCGCGCUCACAUGGCGCCUGCGCCACCUCCAGCCUCUACCUGCAGGACCUGAGCGCCCCCGCCUCCGAGUGCAUCGACCCCUCGGUGGUCUUUCCCUACCCGCUCAACGACAGCAGCGCGCCCAAGUCCUGCUCCUCGCCCGAGUCCUCUGUCUUAUCGUCCUCCCAGUCCCUGCUCUCCUCCCUCGAGUCCUCCCCGCGGACCAGCCCUGAGUCUCUGGCGCUACUCGAGGAGACGCCCCCCACGACCAGCAGCGACUCUGAGGAAGAACAAGAGGAUGAUGAAGAAAUUGAUGUCGUCUCUGUGGAAAAGAGGCAGCCCUCUGGCAUAAGGUCAGAAGCCGGGUCAGCCUCUGUGGGAAGCCGCAGCAAACCUCCCCACAGCCCACUGGUCCUCAAGAGAUGCCACGUCUCCACGCACCAGCACAACUACGCAGCCCCGCCCUCCACCCGCAGAGACUACCCAGCCUCCAAGAGGGCCAAGUUGGACAGUGGCAGAGUCCUGAAACAGAUCAGUAACAACCGCAAAUGCACGAGCCCGAGGACCUCCGACAGCGAGGAGAACAACAAGAGGCGGACACACAACGUCUUGGAACGCCAGCGGAGGAACGAGCUGAAACGGAGCUUUUUUGCCCUUCGAGACCAGAUCCCAGAAUUGGAAAAUAAUGAAAAGGCUCCCAAGGUCGUUAUCCUUAAAAAGGCUACUGCCUACAUCCUGUCCCUCCAAGCUGAGGAGCACAAACUCAUUACAGAAAAGGAUUUGUUGAGGAAACGGCGAGAACAUUUGAAACACAGACUUGAACAGCUACAGAACUCUUGGGCAUAA